UGCCUCUGCCUGCUGCUGCCUGGCAAGUCUUUCUAAGCUUCUCCUUGUUCGACAAGGAAGUGUUUUCCUCGCAGGAGUCCUUGGCUUCCACGGGAGCGCCUCUCCUCCCAAAGCUCCCUUCCCUGAGUCCUGGGCUCGGCUUCCUUUCGCUCCGGAGCGACUCCCCUUUGCGUCGGCUUCCUGUGUGGCAGGUGAGGUGCGGCUCAACUCCAGACUCCGGCUUCCGCCCAGGUGAGAGCCAGCCAAGACCUGGGAGGAGGCAAAGGCAAACGAGGAAGAGACCCUCGCUUGCUCUCUCCCUCCCCUUCUCGGGGAUCAGAUUCUUUUGACAUCAGCAGCACAAUAAGCCAUCAUGCCAGAAAAUCCCGUUGCAGAUAAGCAGCAGGUGCUGCAGAUCCUGGAGCGUCUGCUAAUGAAACUUCAUGAGAGAGGAGACACUUCACACAGUGAAAAUCUGGCUUUUCUGUAUAAUACACUCAAGAAUCCCUUAUUCAAUCACAUGCUGACUCUUCAGCAAUCAAUCAAGCAGCUGAAGGAACAGUUGACUUAUUUGCCUCCCAAUCAUUCAGUGGAUUUUGAUUUCACCAGAAGAGGUUUGCUGGUGUUUGACACAGACCGCCAGUCUCUUGCUAAUGGGAACCGCUAUGUGACUUCCAACAAUAAUAAUCUGUUGGCUCCUGGGAUUCCAAAACUUGGAAUGGAUGAUUUUCAUUUGAUAAUUCAAGGAAUGGCAAAGGGCAGGCAAAUAGAAUAUAUAGAUAUCGAGAAACCAUUCAGUGGAGGCCUUGGAUUUAGUGUGAUUGCUCUUAAAAAUCAAAGUGUUGGAGAAUCUGGUGUCUUUGUCAAGGAAGUUCAACCAGGAAGUAUAGCAGCCAGGGAUCAAAGGCUAAAGGAAAAAGACCAAAUAUUGGCCAUUAAUCAUACCCCAUUGGAUCAGAAUAUUUCUCAUCAGCAAGCAAUUACAUUGCUCCAACAAGCCAUGGGUUCCUUACAUUUGGUUGUGGCCAGAGAGCCAGCCCAGAGAAGCGGUGAGACCUCAGCCUUAAGCACCUUAAGCAGUGCUAAUUUACCUCCGAUGAUCAGUUGGGGCCACAUUGAGGAUGUCGAGCUCAUUAAUGAUGGAUCAGGAUUAGGUUUUGGAAUUGUAGGAGGAAAAUCGAUUGGCGUAGUGGUAAGAACUAUUGUUCCUGGAGGACUAGCAGAUAAGGAUGGCAGACUCAGAACCGGUGAUCACAUCUUGGAAAUUGGUGGGACUAAUGUCCAAGGAAUGACUAGCGAACAGGUUGCUCAAGUCUUGAGAAACUGCGGAAACUGUGUUAAGAUGGUGGUUGCCAGGGAUCCCUCUAGUGACAUAACUGUAACGCCACCAACUCCUGCUGCCCAACCUGUUGCCGCACCAGUGUUUUUCCGAGAUGGGCAAUUUGACACUGAAAAUGAAAUUCAUGAAGUUCAACUGACUAAAAAGGAUGGGCAGAGCCUUGGUAUAACAAUUGUUGGCUAUUCAGGAGUUUCUGAUACAGUGGAAUCUUCAGGGAUUUUUGUCAAAAACAUAAUACCUGGCAGCGCUGCGGAACAUAAUGGCCAAAUAAGAGUCAAUGACAAAAUUAUUGCUGUGGAUGGUAUUAACAUUCAGAAUUAUACAAAUCAAGAAGUCGUAGAAGCAUUGCGUAAGACGGGGUCAGUUGUACAUCUGACAUUGCUUCGGAAGAAACCAUUGUACGCUGCUUUCACUUCACAAAGAGAACUAGAUACAGUUCAGACAGAUUCACUGGCACUGCCAGAUGUGAAAACUAAAAAAAAAUUGGACAAUGAGGAGCCUCAAGAGCAAAAAGACAACUCUGAAAACGAACGCAAACAAAAACUACAGAUAGUUGGAGAAACCCUCGAGCCAUCAGAAAAUAAAUUGAAAUCCAAGUGGGAAAAGCUGCUGGGACCAGAUUUUGAAGUUAUGGUUGUCAGCAUGGACAUGCCAAUAGCAGAUGAUGCUGAGCUGCAGAAAUAUUCAAAGUUGCUACCUAUUCACACAUUAAGAUUAGGGGUUGAACUGGAUACAUUUGAAGGACAUCAUUAUAUUUCUUCAAUUGCCGCGGAUGGACCAAUUGCUCAACUUGGCAUACUGCAAUUAGAAGACGAACUUUUAGAGGUAAAUGGUGUCCAGCUCUAUGGAAAAACCCGGCGUGAAGCUGUGUCUUUUCUUAAGGAAGUUCCACCACCAUUUACCUUGGUUUGUUGUCGGCGCUUGUUUGAUGAUGGCACAGAAUCCUUUGUUGAUGAGCCCACCUCUGUUAUUGCCUCUUCUCCAGAACCAAAGGUGAAACCUAGAUGUCCAGAAGAAGAAGAAGAAGAUGUGGAUCUAGCACUGUGGUCUUCUGAAUUCAAAGCGGUGGCACUUGAAAAAGACUUGAAAACGGGCUUAGGAUUCAGUAUUUUAGAUUACCAGGAUCCUUUAGAGCCAACAAAGACAGCAUUUGUGGUCAGCUCACUGGUGCCAAAUGGUGUAGCUGAACGUGGUGGUGAACUAUUCCCUGGUGACCGUCUGGUCUUUGUAAAUGACAUAUGUUUACACAAUAUGACUCUAGGGGAAGCUGUAGAAGUGUUGAAAUCUGUGCCACCAGGGAUUGUUAACCUUGGAAUCUGCAAACCUUUGGUGGGAGAAAAUAAACAACCUGAAAAUGCAUCUACUGUGGAAAGCAGUAGUAUUACCAGAAAUUCUUUAUCUCAAGAACCAAUCAAUGAUUUUGAGUCAUCAAUACUCCUUGAAGCUCCUAAGGACUUCAGAGAUGCAUCUUUCUCUAAAGAAGAACUUGUUGAUGAACCAAUCCUGAAUUUGGGAAGGCAGUUUCAACUUGCUCAGAAUGAAAUUGAUACCACUAAGGAGUCAUGGGAAAUGCAUGAAAUUUUGAAACCUGCAGUGGAGCAUGUGAGUGCAGAGCGGGAGAUGCUAGUGGAUGAAGAGUACGAGGUGGACGAGGAUUACUAUGGAUAUAUGCUAUUGGAUACGAACGGAAUUGCACCAACUGCUGAAACAGACUUUGGAACUGCAAGGCAAUGGGCAGAGGAAAUGGAACCAGCAAAAUCAAGUUCUCCAGUGAGCUUUAGUGCUGAAAAGACUGAAGAAAGAACUUGUACCAGUUCAACAAUCCCUGGAGAUUCAGUAGAGUACAGCCAGCCAAAUGCAACACUGGAAGGUGCCAAGAUACAAAAUGACCAUGAAGAUCUUUUAUGCAUUGAUGAUGAUACUGAAAGAAAUAAACUGUGGACUGAAGAGUUUGAAAUCUCCCUCACUAAGGAUUCUGCCUUCCUCAGCGCGGAGCCAUCAAGUGAAUUGCCAGAGAGAGAAGAAGGAGAAGGAGAAGAAACACCAGUUUUCAGCCACUGGGGAACUCCUCAAACUGUUGAAAUUUUCCGAGACCCCCAUGAGUCUCUUGGUAUCAGUAUUGUAGGUGGCCACACAGUUAUAAAGCGCUUAAAGAAUGGUGAAGAGCUUAAGGGCAUCUUUAUCAAACAAGUCUUGGAAGACAGCCCAGCAGGAAGAACAAAAGCAUUGAAAACUGGAGAUAAAAUACUUGAGGUGUCUGGUGUAGACCUACAAAAUGCUACUCAUGAAGAAGCUGUAGAAGCUAUCAAAAAUGCAGACAAUCCCAUUGUUUUUGUUGUUCAGAGUCUGUCUACUCUUCCAAGGAUGGUUUGUAUAGGAAAUCCUAAGAAAAGUAAGGAUGACAAGGAACAAGACACAACAGGAGAAGCUACACAGAAAAGUGGUGCCCCACCUCCCAUGAAGUUGCCACCACCUUACAAAGAACCCCAAAAAUCAAGUUCUGGGGAAACUGAAGAGGAAGAAGAGGACAUUUAUACAGAAGAGAAAAUCCGGCAAAGAUAUGCAGAUCUACCGGGAGAGUUGCACAUUCUUGAAUUGGAUAAGGAUAAGAAUGGACUGGGACUCAGCCUUGCUGGCAACAAGGAUCGGUCUCGCAUGAGCAUCUUUGUUGUGGGUAUCAGUCCAGAUGGCCCUGCAGGGAAAGAUGGAAGAAUGCGUAUAGGAGAUGAACUUUUAGAGAUAAAUAACCAGAUUUUAUAUGGAAGAAGUCAUCAGAAUGCUUCUGCAAUAAUUAAGACUGCACCAUCAAAGGUCAAACUGGUAUUUAUACGCAAUGAUGAUGCAUUUAACCAGAUGGCUGUGGCUCCUUUCCCAUUACCCUCCAGCUCCCAGUCUUCCAUUGAGGAUGUCAGUAACAAGGUUGAAAAACCAGUGACUGAGAACCAGCAAAUUUUGACAGAGAAGCCAUCAGAAAAUUUUUUUAAUCAAUUAAAGCAAUCAAAGCCUUCAACAGUAAUCCCCAUCAGUUUACACGAUAUAUCUUUGGCACCUGCAUCAUUGUCUCCAGAGACAGAAUUCAUCAACAGAAGUAGCCUUCCGCCUCCCUUGGCAGAUCCUGCAACAUGCUCAAUUAUUCCUGGGCAAGAAAUGGUUAUAGAAAUAUCCAAAGAGCGAUCAGGGCUUGGUCUCAGUAUUGUAGGAGGGAAAGAUACCCCACUUGAUGCUAUUGUAAUUCAUGAAGUUUAUGAGGAAGGUGCAGCUGCUCGAGAUGGUCGACUUUGGGCUGGUGAUCAAAUUCUUGAGGUUAAUGGUAUAGACUUGAGGAAUGCUAGUCAUGAAGAAGCGAUCACAGCCUUGAGACAGACUCCUCAAAAAGUUCAACUGAUUGUCUAUAGAGAUGAAGCUCAUUAUAAAGAUGAAGAAAAUUUGGAGAUUUUCUUUGUCGAGCUGCAAAGGAAAAUGGGCAGAGGCUUGGGACUCAGCAUUGUUGGGAAAAGAAAUGGAAAUGGAGUAUUUAUCUCUGACAUUGUCAAAGGAGGAGCUGCUGACCUAGAUGGGAGACUAAUUCAGGGGGACCAGAUCUUAUCUGUUAAUGGAGAGAAUGUAAGGCAUGCUUCCCAAGAGAUGGUUGCCACCAUUCUUAAGUGUGCUCAAGGGCUUGUGCAGCUGGAAAUUGGACGGCUGAGAGCUGGAUCUUGGCCAUCAUCACGAAAAACAUCUCAAAACAGCCAGAUAAACCAACACAACGUUCACAGUCACUUUCACCCUACACUUGCUCCAGUGAUCUCCACUCUACAGAAUUUUGUCAGCACUAAGAGAUCAUCCACUGAUGUUUUUCACAAAAGUUCAGUUGGAGUAGACAUGAAUCCAAGGACGGUGGUGAUAACAAGGGGUCCAAAUGAUGCUCUUGGUAUCAGCAUAGCUGGUGGCAAAGGAAGCCCUUUGGGAGACAUUCCAAUCUUCAUUGCCAUGAUUCAAGCCAGUGGAGUAGCAGCACGUACACACAAGCUCAAAGUUGGUGAUCGGAUUGUCAGUAUUAAUGGACAUCCAUUGGAUGGGCUAUCUCACGCCGAUGCAGUUAAUCUACUGAAGAAUGCUUUUGGGAGCAUUAUCCUGCAGGUUGUAGCUGAUACCAAUAUCAGUGCCAUUGCCAGCCAGCUAGAGAGCAUGACUGCGGGUACUAAUUUUACCCCACCAGCUGAGCACCAUUCUGAAGAGCCUGAGGCACCUCUGCCAAAGGUUAUUGUGCUGGAGAAAGGCUCAGAUGGAUUGGGAUUUAGUAUUGUAGGAGGCUAUGGCAGUCCUCAUGGAGACCUCCCCAUAUAUGUCAAGACCAUUUUUGCAAAGGGAGCAGCAGCAGACGAUGGGCGAUUGAAGCGUGGUGACCAGAUCUUAGCUGUUAAUGGAGAGACUCUGGAAGGCGUAACCCAUGAACAAGCUGUGGCUAUUCUGAAGCGCCAAAGAGGGACUGUAACGCUAACAGUGUUGUCAUGAGCUUUUGCAACUGUAAACUGGGCUGGGUGCAAUUAUUCCUAAGCCUUGCUAGAGCUGCUGUAAAUCAGUGUUGAGCAUUCAACUCUGUGUGAGAUGAAAACCCAACUCCAGCUAAAAAUAGCAUACAUUAAUUAUGCGCAAUCAUAGCCAACGAAAAGAUUUGUUUGAGUUAUUGUAAUUGAAAUCCAUUGUGAAACCAUUAACUCCACCCUUUCCUCCAUCUUUCCUUUCCUGUGCUUCCUUUUUCCUGCUUUUACCCAUCGUUAUUAUUGUCUGUUAGUAGAAGAAUAAUCACUAAAACUAAAAUUAGCAUUCAUGCAGAAAAAAGGUAGCUUGCUGCUGAAUCCCAUCUAAAGAACAAAAAAAAAAGUGCUGGGUUACGUUUCAUCUCAUUCAUGGUUUGCUUAUGUUAAUUCUCUUUUUAUCUGUGCCAGAAUACAUUAAAGCUUAAUUCAAUUACCUCUGUUCCAAAUGAUGAAAUAGCAAAACCUCCUAUGGGAAAUUAAUCGUAUAUGAAGUUCUAAUCAUGAAACGACAGCAUCUCUGUCUAAUCUCUCUGGGUAGAUAUAUGUAAGUUAGUUGUAAUUAUGAUGAGUCAAUUUUCUUCCUCUCCUCAAUUUGUACAUUGCUACUGUUUGAACUUGUCUAGUUCCUGAACUUGUCUUCUGUUGGACUGACCAGAAUCUUAUCGAAGGUCUGUCUGAAGGCUAAGCUAUAGGAGUGGUUUGUACAAUGUAAAGCUUAACUCAGUGGAAGCAGAAGAAAGCACCUUAAUUUGUAAUAGGGCUAUUGUUAUUUAUAAUGAUAAUAUUGUGAUGAAGAGUAAAGGAAACCUGGUGGCUCGAAUAUCUCUUGGUCAAUUCUGUGGUACAAUGUCUCAUCCAUAAAGAAAGUGAUAUCUUUCUGUCCAAAACCCUGCAACUUCUAUAUAAUGUACUUUUACUGCAAUACAAUUAGAAUGCAAUAACAUUCGUCUUGAUUGUGUAGAAUAAAGCAUAUGUGCUAAAUUGAUCAAAGCUGACAAAGUAGUCAAAGAAAGGAUGAACUGUCAAAGAAAGGGUAAUUGUCUUGUUAAGAAUAUUGUCUUUUGUUUUAUGUGCUGUGUUUGGAUCUAGCUAAUCACAAAGUGCAUUAAGUUAUCGGAAUGCCUUGUGGGUAGUCCAUAAAUAGUGCCUGAAAGCAGAUUUAGAAGAUUUUUGAAAUGGAAUUCUCCCCAGAUUUUAAUGUGCAUAUUAAUAUUAGUGAUAGCUAUGUAGGAAGUUAAGAAAAUUUCUGAUUGAGAAAACUGAAGAACUUUUUUACGCUUCCCUGUUUAAGAAUGAAGAUAAUGUUUCCCAAAAUAAGGUGACGUUCCAUAUUUACUUCCAUAUUAUGCUUGAAGAAACAGCUUAUUUUUAAGUUUGAUUGUGGCCAAAAUAUCACAAGUAUUUUGUAUUGUCUUGGCCAAAAAUGCACCAUUUGAUUUUCUGUAUACCAUGCUUCCAAAUAGGAUGCAAGCAGUUUUUCUACGCACAUUUUUCUGAUACAAUGAAUGUAGAGCUUAAGUGGUGAGGUAAUUCACACUUCAUGAAGCUCAAACAGGGAGAUCACAUGAUUGCUGCUUGCAAUUUGCACUCUUGUGUCACAUGUAGUAUUGCCAAAAACUGCAUUGCAACCUUCAGAUAGACUGGUGACUAUAUGGGCAUGUUAGGAAUGAAUGCUGUAUGUAACAGACCAUGGGCACAAGCUGAUGAGAUGUUAUCCCAAGGGGAAUCUCACUGAAAUAAAUAAGAGCUGUGUAAAAGUAUUUCUGGCUAUCCACCACAAAAAGCUCAGUAGAUUGUGCCCUGGUUCUUUAAGUCUGCAUUAUGCUUUUGGGGGAGGGGGGGGGGUUAUGAGCUUUUGGCUUGUUUUAAUAAUGCUGCUGAUCUUUGUGACGAGAGAGGGAAGUAGCACAGUAAACUGUAUGUUCAUGUAUAUUGGUAAAUUAAAAUGUUUUAUGACUUCCGAAGAUUCUAAAUAAAAUUUCCUUGCAUAA